UUGGUUUAACUAAUUAUCAAAUCGGUUGAACUGAAAAGUGGUGUCUGGAUAGACCAAAAACAGCUAUAUUAUGUUGGCAGAAAACAAGUAACCCAUAUCCUAACACUUGCCUCAAAACCAGCCAGACAUGGCAGUUUGCUAUAUUAGUGGUAUUGGCUUUGGCCCUUCCGCUACCUUUCAGGAUUCACCAAAUCGUACAAUACCCUUCUCAUCCAAUCAAAUAACAACAGCAGCACUACCCAGAACCAAAGCCUUAUCUUGUUUCCACCAUGCCACAACUUCUGUCCAACCAACUUUCUCUUUUCACUGCAAAACUAGAACCCAAUUCCCAUUUCGCCCUCCAUUGCCUGCUUCAAACAAACCUACCACCAUUUCUUCAGCAAUGUCAUCUGGAUAUGUGCAAGAGGAUCUUCCACCAGCUCUUGAUUCUACUUCAGACCCACCUCCAAUCUUUGAUGGAACAACAAGGUUGUAUAUAUCUUACACAUGCCCCUACGCUCAGCGUGUUUGGAUUACUCGAAACUGUAAGCAGGGAUUGCAGGACAAGAUAAAACUAGUUCCAAUCGAUCUAAAGAACAGGCCUACUUGGUACAAGGAGAACGUCUACCCACCUAACAAGGUGCCAGCAUUGGAACACAAUAAUGAAGUGAAAGGAGAGAGUCUAGACUUGAUCAAGUAUAUAGACAGCCACUUCGAAGGGCCUUCACUUUUCCCCGAUGACCCUGCAAAGAAACAGUUUGCAGAUGAGUUAUUAUCCUACAUUGACUCAUUCUAUAAAACAGUGACUUCUUCAUUCAAAGGAGAGGGCACUGAAGCAGGCAUUGCAUUUGACAACAUCGAAACAGCUCUUACCAAGUUUGAGGAUGGACCUUUCUUCCUUGGGCAGUUUAGUCUGGUGGAUAUAGCUUAUGCACCGUUCAUUGAAAGAUUUCAUCCUUUUUUGUUGGAUGUGAAGAAGUAUGAUAUUACUCUUGGCAGACCUAAAUUGGCAACUUGGAUUGAGGAGAUGAACAAAAACGAGGGUUACACACAAACCAGGUAUGAUCCAAAGGAAUUAGUUGAGAGCUACAAGAAACGCUUCAUGGCUCAUCUUUGAACAAAUGAUUUCCUAGUACAAAAUCGAGGAACCUAGUCUGUUAUUUCCAAUGGCAAGCACUAGUAUUGUCUGGUUCAUGCUUUUAUCAUUGUUGAGAAAAAUAGCUCCCUCUUUCCGCCGAUCAGAAAAUGGAAAAAUAAGCAUAUUACUUCAGUUAUGCAAAAUUGAUGUACUCUUACGCAAAUGAGCACUCAACUUGGAUUGAAAAAGUUGCUUUAUUUCUAAAGCUUUUGCCUGAGAUUGGGUAAUCAAUGGAGAAGUAUCCAUUGUUGCUUUGUUCAACAGAAUAGAGGACCUGUUGUUAUUAAAACAAUGAAACAAGUAUUAACCAGAAAAAA